AUUGUUCGCGGGGAAUCCCCAGGUCAACGUUCAGCUUCAAACGGUAUCGUUCUGAUUAUGCAUGCAUAUCAUACACGUAUUAUCUGUGCAAUAUCGAUAUUUGCACGUAAAGUAACAUACCGCCAUUAUAACAGCAGGUGGAGCAUCACGCGUUGUGUUUUAUUGCCUUUAAUAGGUCAAUGUCGGGCUCUUUAUUACAGAUUCAGGCUCUAUAGCUGGAACUUCCAGUGGAAUCUUGCUGUUUGAAUAUGCCAAGGAAUAUUGUUACACGAUCAGCAUUGACUCGAUUGUAACAGAGCAUGCUCAACGCAGCAUUCUGAAUUCACGAUACAUUGGACUUGUAUUAAGAAAAAUGGCCUCUGCAACGCAACAUUUGCUGAGUGAUGUGACAGAGAGUUUACAAUGUCCAAUCUGCAAGGAUAUCCUCACAAGACCUAAGCUUCUGCCUUGCUCCCACACAUUCUGCGAAGACUGUUUAAUCCAACUGCACUCCAUUCAAUCACUUGGAGAUCGGUUAACAUGUGCGGUGUGUCGCUCUGUUGCUCAUCUGUCUGACAACAAUGUUUCCAACUUUCCAACCAAUCAAAUAGUUCAUAGCCUUGCAGAAGAUUUCAAGGAAAGAUCGGACCGGAAGGGUACAACUGAUUCAACAGAUGGUAAUCCCUCUGACGAGUGGUGCACUCUAUGUGACCCUGAUGAGCGCAACUUUGCGACACUCUACUGUCAGCAUUGCUCAGAAUUCCUGUGCAGUUCUUGUCUUGACCAGCACAAGAGGUUUAGACAGAAUGCAUUCCAUGAGCUUGUUGGUGCAAGUGAGAUUUCAUCUGGGGAAAUCAGAAAACAGCUUGCAUGUCUGACGCAUCCUCGAGAAUUGCAGCAGUUUGUGUGUAUCACAUGUCUUGUUCACAUCUGCUGUAGGUGCCUAGAAAUGGGACAUCAACCUGAUAAACACGAGGUGAUUGGAAUUGCAGAGUAUGAAGAAAGCCACAAGGCAGCAGUUGAUCUCUUGCAGGAAAAAAUAGAUCAGAAGACUGCAGUGAUUCAGAGCCACUCUUCCUUUGUGAAGGAGCAGAUUAGCAUGGUGCAGAAUACAAUCGGACAGCAAAAGCAAGAAAUCGAAAAAGCAUGCGAGGAUGCGUUUGAGCGAAUCCGACGAAGGAAGCAACAGCUCCUUGAAGAGUGUAACGUAUAUGAGAGAUCACUCAUCCAAGACCUGGAAAACAUUAUCGAGUGUCAUUAUGGAUUCCUUGAGAACUUGGCAGCAAAGGCUUCUGUAGUUACAGAAGAGUCCACUGUGCAAUGUGAGGACCAGUCGUUAACCGAGCGGGCAGCAAGGGUUGAUGAACUCGAAGCUCUUGUGAAUGGUGACCCUGAUGCAUCUCUUCCUGCAGCUAUCGCACGCCGGGCUGAAUUCUUGAUCUUCCAACAAGCUGCUGAGUCCGAUGGUCUGAAUCUUGGAAGCGUUCAUGUCAAGGAGUGGGAACUUCAAGAAACAGUCAGUUUUGAUGGAGGUGUGGCCUGUUCCACUGCAACGCCUGAUGGCCAGUUGGCUAUUGCAACUCGGGAUGGACACAUCAAGUUCUUCUCAACUGAGGGACAAAUGCUUCAGACUCAAGCCAUGGAUGGUGUUCGCGGAUUGGGCUACUUGAUGGAUGGCAGUUGCAUUGUCCGCCAGAUGAAUAACAAAGUCACACAGUACUCACCACAGUGGGAGGAACUCGGUAAGCAAUUUGAAACGCUGAGCAGAGAUGAAAAUGGAAUUGGUCGGAUCUCGGUAGACAGUCUUGAUCGUAUUUAUGUUGACUACAGGAAGAGCAGGAUUAUACAGGUGUUCUCUCCAGAAGGUGUAAAGGCGAAGGAAAUACCGUGUGAUGGGUAUGAACCAUGGAACAUAUCAGUGAUUAGGUCAGGCACAGAACUCUUGGCUCUGACUCACAGCAACUCAGUUAGCAUCAUUGAUGAAGAGGGUGAAAAGAAACAUACUCUCACCAAGGAAGUAGGUACCUAUAUCCACCCUUCUGUGUGCAAAGAUGGAACCAUUCUCCUGGCCUUGAUGAACCACAGCAAGGCAUCCCUGACUAUCGGACAGUAUACAAAUGAGCUGGAGUACAUCCAGACACUUGUUGCUGAUCAGAAAAUGGAGAUAACCGAAGACAAAUGGUGUUUCUUGCAAGAAGUUACCGGCGGGAAAGUUGUUCUUUGCACAUCAGAUAAACUCUAUUUUUAUAGCAAACUUACCUAACUGCACAUUCAUUCUCAUGAGGAUGUUCAAUAUUUAGGCCACUUUUCAUAGCAAGCUUCAUUAUUUAGUUGAAUUGGUAUUUUUGUUUGUAUUUUGUCAGGAUAUGCUAAGGGGAAAUUUGGGUCUCAAGUGAUUUUCUUUUUGAAAUGGACUUUUUUUCUUUUAAAUGCAGGUCGGAAUUUUUCUAAAUUCGA